AUGACAACCAAACCCCUCGCUGGAAAAGUAGCCCUCAUAACGGGUGGCUCUAAAGGCAUCGGCCGCGCCCUCUCCCUCCGCCUCGCCGCCUCCGGCGCCAACGUCGUCGUAAAUUACUCCAGCGACAGCACCUCAGCCAACGAAACCAUCUCAGCAAUCAGCGCCGAGCACGCCUUCGCCGUGAAAGCGGACGUCGGCAGCGUUUCGGACGUCGGGCGUCUGGUCGAUGCUACCAUCGAACGAUUCGGGAAGUUGGACAUCGUCGUUGCGUGCGCGGGCAUCAUGCCGCUGAGUGAGUUAGAGAAAUUGACCGAGGAGGAGUUUGAUAGGGUUAUGAGUGUUAAUGUUAAGGGGCCUUUGUUCUUAACGCAGAAAGCUAUCCCACACAUGACCUCCGGAGGACGAAUCAUCCUCUUCUCUACAACGCUCAACGCCGCCUCGACAGUGACGCCCAAUUACCUCGCGUACUGCACCUCCAAAGGAGCAAUCGACCAGAUGACGCGCAUCCUGUCUAAAGACCUCGCGAGAAAGGGGAUUUUAGUUAACGCCAUUGCUCCGGGCCCAACAGCCACAGACCUCUUUAUGAAGGGGAAGAACGAGCAGGUCUUGAAGAUGAUCGCGGGUUUUAAUCCGCAAGGGAGGAUUGGGUCCCCGGAGGAGAUUGCGGAUGUGGCGGCGUUCUUGGCGGGGGAGGGCAGUAAGUGGGUUACGGGGCAGGUGAUUCGGGUUAAUGGGGGUAUGGCUUGA